AUGGGAGAGAGCAUACACGUGGCUCAAUCCACAGGAUAUCACCAUCAGAGACAACAAAACCAAUUUGUGAUGAAUUCGAGCUCUAAAUUAUCAAAGACAUGGGUCACAACGACAAUCUUCAUCUUCGUUUUCUUCAUCAUCGUCUUUGGCGCUUCUCUUUCUUGGUUGGAUAUGUUUGUAUUAGGUACUGAGAGUAGAAUCCAAAUAUCGUCAAUAUCCACAAGAAACACCAAUAAGACAAGUAGCCCCAAGAACAUCAUCAAGAUCCCAUUAAACUGCACAUCACUCAACAGCAACACCACACAAACAUGUCCUUCAAACUAUCCAACCAAGCCAGAUCCAGAUAUCUCUUCCUCGGAAACUUGCCCUGACUACUUCAGAUGGAUCCAACAAGACCUAAAGGUAUGGGAAGAGACAGGGAUCACAAGGGAAACACUAGAGAGAGCAAAACCAAAUGCUCAUUUCAGACUAGUGAUAAAAGCAGGGAGAUUGUAUGUUCAUAAGUACGAUAGGGCUUAUCAGACAAGAGAUGUGUUCACUAUUUGGGGGAUCCUUCAGCUCCUGAGAAUGUAUCCUGGUCAAGUCCCUGAUCUUGAGCUUCUCUUCCUCUGCCAUGAUAAACCCGGUGUCUGGAAAAGAGACUUUAGACAAGAGGACAACACCACGUGGCCUCCUCCGCCGUUGUUCCAUUACUGUGGGCACCGUGAUGCAUACGACAUCGUGUUCCCUGAUUGGAGCUUCUGGGGUUGGCCGGAGGUGAACAUAAAGGAGUGGAAUAAGUUAUCAGAGGCGAUCAAAGAAGGGAACAAACAGAUAAAAUGGGAAGAUAGGGUUCCUUACGCUUACUGGAAAGGGAAUCCUAUGGUUUCUAUUUCAAGAAGAAACUUUAUGAAAUGUAACUUUUCGGACAAGUAUGAUCCCAUGGUUCGUCUCUAUGUCCAGGACUGGAAAAGAGAGAGUAGGGCAGGGUUCAAAGGAUCAAAUUUAGAAGAUCAAUGCACCCACAGGUACAAGAUUUACAUAGAAGGGAAUGCAUGGUCAGUGAGCGAGAAGUACAUAUUAGCAUGUGAUAGCAUGACUCUACUGAUUAAACCGGAGUUUUAUGACUUCUUCGUAAGAAGUAUGAUCCCAAUGACGCAUUACUGGCCCAUCAGACCUGACCAUUGUGGUGAUCUCAAGUUUGCUGUCGAAUGGGGCAACAACAACACCGACAAGGCGCAAGGAAUUGGAAGGCAAGGAAGUGAGUACCUGAUGAAGAACCUAGAGAUGAAGUAUGUAUAUGAUUACAUGUUGUAUGUGUUGCAAGGCUAUGGUAAGUUGAUGAAGUUGGAUGUGACAGUGCCUGAAAAUGCCACUGAAGUUUGUUCGGAGACGAUGGCUUGUCCGAUUACAGACGGUGGACUGAUUAGGCAGUGCAUGGAUGACUCGUUGGUUAUGUCUCCGAGCGUCAAGGCGGCUUGUGAUCUGCCACAACCUUAUAGUGACGAUGAGAUGAAGAGUUUUCUUGAGAAGCAAGAAACUGCGGAGAGAGAGACUGGGAAGUGGACCGAUGAGUAUUGGGAGGUCCAAAACAAGAUUUUUCAGCAGUAAACCUUAUAACUGUGAGUCGCUAAGUUAUUAAAAUGUUUGUUAACUGUGCAAAUUUUAGUUAAUUACUUUGGUUUGAUUCAGCAUGUGUCUAAAUUAACCAAUAAAUGUGUGCAUAAGGUAUGUAUAAUUGAUACAAACAUAUUAUAA